CUUCAUCGUCAUUCAUCAUUCAUCAUGGACUCAUCGAUGCUUUGUUUAUCUAAACAUAACCUCCACGUCUCCACAACCGCCAAGUGAACGUCAACACAACAAUGCCCAGAUUUUCAUGGAUUUCUGAUAGAUAAGUGCUUAAAAAUCUAUUUUUGCCAGUGAUUUACACUUCCCAGGAUGUUGUCCCUCAGUGUCGAUCUCUAAAAAUCCAGUACAAUGAUCCUUGUCAUUUUCCUGACUGUAACCUGCUUCAAGUUGCUGUUGAUGCCCUCUUAUUUGUCCACAGAUUUUGAGGUUCAUCGAAACUGGCUCGCAAUCACUCACUCUCUUCCACUGAAGGAGUGGUACCAUGCCAAUCACUCAGAAUGGACGCUCGACUAUCCUCCAUUAUUUGCAUGGUUCGAGUAUGGGUUGUCCCAAGGGGCAAAGCACUUUGAUGAGCAAAUGUUGAAUGUGACCAAUCUCAACUAUAAGUCUGGGGCCACUGUUGUUUAUCAAAGACUGACUGUGAUCUUCAUGGACAUUGUUCUAGCCAUAGGAGUUAAAGAAAUUGGAUCAUAUCUCAACUCUAAUAGACUGAAAAAAAGUAGCAAGUGGGGUUCACAAUGGUGCUCACCUGUCGCAGUCCUUAAUUUUUUAAUGCUCAUCAAUGCUGGACUUUUAUUUGUAGACCACAUCCAUUUUCAAUAUAAUGGAUUCUUAUUUGGAAUUUUGCUUGUAUCUAUCACAAGAAUAUUACAGGGGCGAAUUCCAGAAGGUGCAUUUUGGUUUGCUGUACUAUUAAACUUGAAGCACAUCUUCAUGUACAUUGCUCCAACUUACUUUAUCUAUCUCUUGAGGAAUUACUGUAUAUCAGGGAAAUCUUUGCAGUUAUCGCGGCUCAUGUGCCUCGGUAUUAUUGUGAUAGCUGUGUUUAGCGUUUCGUUUGGACCCUUUAUACUACUAGGACAGCUUUCUCAAGUGCUUUCAAGAUUAUUCCCUUUCAAGAGAGGCUUGUGUCAUGCAUACUGGGCACCCAACUUUUGGGCUCUUUACAAUCUAGCAGAUAAAAUUUUAUAUUUUGCAGGUAGGAAAUUAAAUUUACUUGACAGCACAGCCAGUCCGAGUGCAUCAAUGACUGGUGGGUUAGUUCAAGAAUAUAGUCAUGCUGUUUUACCGAACGUGUCGCCUCUAAUCACUUUCAUCUUAACUGUUUUAGCUAGCUUUCCGAAUUUAAUGAAAUUAUGGGUGAGUCCUGGGAAUCCUCUACACUUUGUGCGAUCUCUAAUUUUAUGUGCUUUCACUUCUUUCAUGUUUGGCUGGCAUGUUCAUGAGAAAGCUAUUCUAAUGGUCAUCGUACCCAUGACAUUGAUGUCUAUAGUUUGGAAGAAGGAAGCAUCUCUGUUUCUUCUUACAUCAACAGUCGGCUACUAUUCUUUAUUGCCCCUACUAUUCGAACCAUUUGAACUGCCGAUCAAAGUCAUCAUUCUAGUCACUAAUUUAAUAUACAGCUACGCCAACCUCUCCCAGCUGUUUCACAUGCAGCGCAGCGUUCUCUGUCUCCCCCUUCUCACUAAGCUAGAGUCUAUAUACAUAUUCGGGCUAGUGCCACUCUUUUUAUAUGAAUCAGUCUUUCAUCCGAUAUUGAAACUUGACCAAUCAUAUCCGUUCCUACCUCUUCUGUUAACCUCCGUUUAUUGCUCAUUAGGCUUGAUGUAUUGUUGGAUAAAUUACUAUAGGCACUUUUUGCUCAUUCAAAAAGUUAACUACAAGAAAAAAGCUCACUAACUCGGUAGACUGACAAAUACAAUCGAACUGCUCAGAUCUGUGCCUGAGCAAUGCUCUAACUUCACAGAACCUCAUGUGCUAAAUCUAAUUGAGGUAUUCAGUAAAGAGUGCCAGUCAUACGUAUGCUUCAUACAUUGUUACAGUCUUGAUUCCUAUUGCAUCUUUGCCUCUUGCAAAAACUUUCAAAAAUAUUUUUGGCUCCUAAAAUUUGGGGUGAAGCCAGAACUCUGCUCCUGAGUGAAAUCAAACUGUGCAGGUAGCCACGUGGAUCAAAAUUGCCCCGAAAACUUAAUUCUUCAAGAUUCAUUCUUUAUAUUUACUCCUCAAAUUGCAGAAGUUUGCCGUGCAAAAGAGCCUGUAAUUUAUGUGAACGUGCAUAGUGUUUUUUUCUGUUGAAGUCUCCUGAGGAAGAGAGUACAUUGCAGGUUGAAAUGCGUAGGAAUAUUUCCACUAGGCUCUCAACUUGAUUUCCAAAUAGCUAUUUACAGUACCAGUGGCUCGUCCCGUGAGGAUGCCAAGGAAGUACUGCUUUCUUAAAUCUAGGAGAAACAAAUUAUUUUUAUAUUCUUAAUACUUAAAAAUAUUUUUACAUUUCAACAAAAAAAGAUGGAGCAUUUUGAAAAAUUUUUAGGAUCAACUAAUGUGUUUUUUCUUUUGGCGUAAUGCACUGCAAAGCAAGUAAUGAGUGUAAAUUACCAACCACUCUUUUUCACACAGGAAGCUAUCUUGUCAGUGUUUUAUUUUUUUGACCAUCAUACCGUAUCGUUUCGAAAUGAGCAUUUUUACUAAUUGAAUUGUCUUUUUUUGUACUUUUUCAAAAGAAAUAUUGACCUUUGUCUUUCUAUUCUCUCAAAGUCACAGAGCUCAAAUUUUUCUCCAACAUGGUAGGAUUUUAAAAAUUUGUUGAUCGAUCAUGGCAAUAUUUACCAAAUAAACGAUCUUCCAAGUUCGUUUCUUUGCAAUAACUUACCCCAGACAUAUGCCCACUAUGCAAAAUAAUGGGAUAGUUCUUGUACUGACUCCUGGAGCUCUUAUUGUUGUCUUUGAAAAUGACAUCUUAGAGUCGAGUGAGAGUGUGCAUUUUAUUAGUCAAAUUCAAGAUCACAAGUCUGAGGUUGUGAUAGCAUGUUGCUGUCCACAUUGGGCUCAUGGGCUUGACACCAAGGUUUUCCGCUUGCGCGGUGUCAGGCUUACGAGACUUGCGCCAGCAAACUAACAGCGACUACUUGCAGGCUGUGAUUCAAGAUUUUUUUGACCCUAGUUUUAGUCUGUUUUUGAUUGCUCUCAAAAGUUUGCCCUUUUUAAUGUGUUUUUCCAGCGCCACUAGAACAUGUACGCAAUUCAGGGAAAACUAGGAAAUGUCAGGGAACUGUAAAAAACGAGGGCACCCUAGGAAAUGACGAAAUCAACAAGGAAAAAAUAGUCAAAUCACUUCCAUUUGCCUUCUUGAAUGUGUUUCAAAGAACAAAUUUUUCAUAGAAAACUACUUGAAAUUGUAUCUUUUCUAGCACCCUGCGUGCCCUCAAAUGGCGAGGAAUUUUACCAAAAUGUGUCCCGGAAAUGUCAAUCCGGAGAUUUUAUUAUCUAAAUUCUGUGGCAACCCUGAAUACAACGUUGGCAUACCUGGUGCCGAACAAAUAUUACAUUGAUGAAUUAAUAAAUUCUAAAGCUACACAGCACCGUUAUCUGAGGAAGUUGUUGAUGUAUUUCAUUCUGUUUUGGGAACUCAAUCUAAAAAAAAUAGGACAAUCAUCCAUGAACAACACCUUAACAUUCUUUUAAAAUUUGCUAUUGGUUUUUUUCAAAAGAAGACCCAGUUUAAUCUCAUCCUCCAGUCAGGAUGACCCAUUAUAACAAUUCUGAUUGAUGGGUACUUGAACUCAAGUUGUAUCUUAUCAUGUCAUGUUAUUUGACAUAUUCCCAGUUUUGAUGUCAAAGUACAAGUUGCACCGGACCAGUGUCCUAAUUUUAGAUCAUUGAAUCCACCUCUUAAGUUCAUGAAAUUUCUUUUUUAUGAAACUUUGAAAUCAUUGAAGCAGUAAGCUCAAUCAUCGCUGAAGUAACAUAAAUGCCUCAUAGUUGCUCAGAUUGAAGGAGUUUAACAAGCUUCUGUGAUUUAUGAUGUUGCUCAGACCUUGCAUUUUAUGUUGUAUUUCUAAUAAAUUGGAUUACCCAGAGAGAGUCCAAUAAGUCCUCGGCACUUUACAGAGGUUCAAUUACACGAUGUGUAAUGUAUUUAAAUUCUGAUGUGUUUAUCAUUGUAAAAUAAUCAGCUGUUGAUGUUUUUGAAAAUAUUGGAGGCAACUAAUGUUUAUUUUUUCUCUUUCUCUUAAAUUUUUUGAUAGGAAAA